CCUCUCUGGGCAGAGAAUGCCACAACACGGCGUCUACUAAGUCUCCAUGAUCCCAGGCAUCUCUUAUCCGUGUUGCCGUCUAGUUGGGUCGUGCCUACGUGCCGGCAGGACGUUCCUACGCGAUGUAGCGAUGCAUCGAGCUAAGCAUGCAGGCGGAGGCGCCUUUUCUGGGUCUCAAUACAGCCUAUAUAACAUCAUAACCCGUGGUAUCACCCUGCGUGGCUGUCAGACACCUUCCCACCUUGUGAAGUUCUUGUCAGCUCGGUUUCUUGCCCUUCAUCGUCAUCAUGGCUAUGCAGCGUUCAUUUUUGGCUCUAGCACUCCUCUGGUUGAGAGUCUUUACCAUCGCGACGUGCUCGAGUGUCAAGAGUGUACCGUUUCCCAGCCUGAUCGAUGUGACAAUCGAUGAGUUGGCAGAGGGCUUGGAAAACGGCUUGUUUACUAGCGUCGAUCUGGUCAACGCCUAUCUCGGUCGUAUCGCCCAGGUGAACAGCACGCUGAACGUCGUGACCGAGGUGAACCCCGACGCGCUCUCCAUCGCUGCAGAUCUGGACGCUUCGCGGGCCAAUGGCACCAUAAAGGGGCCACUCCACGGGAUUCCUAUCCUCAUCAAGAACAACAUCGCCACCGCCGACCGUAUGAACAAUACGGCGGGAUCCUGGGCGCUUGUCGGCGCCAAAGUGCCCCGAGAUAGCUUCAUGGCCAUGAAACUGCGCGAAGCGGGAGCUGUCAUCCUCGGCAAGACAAACCUCAGCCAGUGGGCCAACUUCAGAAGCAACAACACGAGCAACGGCUGGUCGGCGUAUGGCGGUCAAGUGUACGCUGCUUACUAUCCCCAACAAGAUCCGAGUGGGAGUUCCAGCGGCAGCGGUGUGGCCUCUGAUCUGGGACUCGCCCUCGCGGCGUUGGGCACCGAGACGGAUGGUUCGAUUUUGUCGCCUUCUCAGCGCAAUAACCUGGUCGGCAUCAAGCCGACCGUAGGCCUCACUUCUAGGCACCUCGUCAUCCCCAUCAGCGAGCAUCAGGACACCAUCGGACCAAUGGCCCGGACCGUCAAGGACGCGGCGUACAUCUUGCACGCCAUCGCCGGUGCGGACCCUAGCGACAACUACACCUCGGCGAUUCCCAAUAACGGCGAGAUACCCGACUAUCCGGCGGCCUGCGACAUGUACGCUCUCCGCGGGGCACGCAUCGGCAUCCCGCGCAACGCCAUCGAGCUCUUCUCCGACAACACGACCGGCACCGAGACGGAGGCCUUCGAGAAAGCGCUCGACGUCUUCAGGGCAGCAGGCGCCGUCAUCGUAGACAAUGCAAACUUCACCGCCGCCGAGCAGCUCGUGACCUCCAACUCGGAGACCGUCGUUCUCAACGCCGACUUUAUCUCGAACCUGGCAUCCUACCUCGCCGAGCUGAGCUUCAAUCCAAACAACCUGACCUCACUGGCCGACGUCCGUAGAUUCACGCAGUCCUUCAAGCUGGAAGACUACCCCGAUCGCAACACGGGCGUGUGGGACGACGCUCUCGACGAGCAGGGGUUCAACAACACCGACCCGCGGUUCUGGGCUGCGUGGCAGGAGAGCGCGUAUCUCGGCGGCGAGGGCGGGUUGUUGGGCACUUUGGAGAGGCACCAUCUCGAUGCCGUCAUCUUGCCGACCAGCUUUUCGAGUCCGUGGGCCGCCAUCAUCGGGGCGCCCGUGGUGACGGUCCCGCUGGGAUUCUAUCCGGCAAACGCCACGGUGAUCAAGAACCGGAGGGGCAACCUGGUAGACACCGGCCCCCAUGUGCCGUUUGGCAUCAGCUUCCUUGGAGCAAAAUUUCAGGAGGCUCGGCUGAUUGGCCUGGCGUACGCAUAUGAGCAGCGGACGUUGACGAGGUCAAAGGUCCAGCCGUACAUCGUCCCCAGCAUUGAGAUUGGAGACUUUACUGGGUUUUAGUACAUGAAAUUUGUCAAUUACCCAAAGGGCAAUGGAUGCAAAUGUCAUGGUUAACAGCAACAAGACCCAGUUGACGAGUUUAACUCACGUUCAACACGUUCCUUAAGCCUCAAUCCCAGAUAGCCAACGUCUGCAAACACGUACUUGAAAACAGUGGGCAAAACUGCAAGUAAACGCUUGAAUUAUAAUUAUAGAGCCCUUGUGACCAG